AUGAGUGCCAAGAAAGGAGUCGAUACUAAGAUUUUCGAAGACGAAAAUACUGAUUCCGGUUUUUUGUCUGGUCCUCUCAGCGAUCAGAACCUUUCGGAGGAAUUUUAUCCAGAGGAAGAGCCCGAGGAGACGCAAAAAGGUGAUUCCAAAGAUGUAUUGACCGAAAACAUAGAGUUGGACAGUGGACUUAUUUCCGGAGAGUGUCUAUCCGGUGAAAUAGAUUUUCACGAAGAAUCCACUCCCUGUUCAAUACCAGUACCUGAACAACCCCUCAUUGUGAUUGAUGAUCAUUCAUCUACCAGUACUGCCAUACAAUCCCAGAAGUUUGACCUCCCACCAAUUAAAAUAUUGUUUGAACAAGAUGAAGAUGGAGACACGCAACUCCAUAUAGCUGCUGUGCAUGGCUGUGAGAAAUCAGUGGCUACCUUAAUAAAGGUUUGCCCAGACAGAGAGUUAAUAAAUAUAUGCAACAGCUAUGGACAUACAGCGUUGCACCUGGCAGUACUAGCGGGUCACCCCUUCAUCACAAAAAUGCUUGUUGAAGCUGGUGCUUCGAUAGCAACAAGAGAUUUCAACGGAGAGACACCACUACAUAUAGCGGUACAGAGGAAGUAUAUAAGAAGCUUGAAAUAUUUGCUCGCCCCGGUGAAAGACCAACCCAGGACAUACUCGUCAGUUUUAAAUCAAAAGAACUACAAAGGUCAGACGUGUGUGCACUUGGCCGCUUCCAAAGGUUACUUAGAAGAAUUAAGAAUGUUGGUCGCGCACGGAGCUAAUAUUAACGCUAAGGAGGGCUUAGCUGGUCGCACACCCCUGCACAUCGCGGCCCAGCGAAAUGAUGAACCCUUAGUGAUGUACUUGUUGAGAGACGGCAAUGCAGACCGCGGCACGCGGGAUUACGCGGGACGGACGGCGAGGCGAUUUGCCAGUCGGUCUCGGGUUCUACAUCUGUUCGGUGAUGACUACUCGGACGAUGACGAAGACGAUUCUGAGUCAGAGCACGAAAGUGACAUGGAGAGGUUCGAGGAGAUGAGAACAAUGAUGGCCGCCUGUACAACAACAUGCGCGUAA